AUGGCAGAAAUGCUUGAAGACCAACUGUAUAAAAGUGACUUUGUCCUAGGAAGAAGAAAUAGAGGGAGUAAGGUAUUAUAUCGCGAUGAUUUAAAAGAAGAAACCCCUGUACACAGUUCUGAAUUAAAAGAAUUAUGUUCUAAAAUAUCAGAUCAAUGGAAAGUUACAGUAACAAAUAUGGAAGAAAAUUACAAUGCCAAAACAAGUGAAAUAGACAAAGAAUGGAGAGAUUCUAUCUGGAAUAAUAAAUGGGAAAAAUACUUAGAAUAUAUACAUUCCGUUAUAAAUAAAAAUUUGAAUGAUUCAUCUAAGGAACCACACGAUAUUGAAAUGAAACUAGAAUUCAUAAUAAACUACGUUUCUUCAGUUUUUGAUAUGUUCGUACAUCAGGUUAAUAAAGAUUGGAAAAGACUACAGAAAAUAUAA